AUGUUUCCUCUAGACUCGCCGUGGAACCUCUCGUUUGCAGGCUGCGGCUUCCUGGGUAUCUACCACGUCGGAGUGGCCAGCUGUCUGCUGGAGCAGGCGCCCUUUCUGGUGCACAACGCCAGGCACAUAUACGGGGCUUCAGCCGGAGCUAUCACCGCCGGUGCGCUGGUCACUGGAGUGUGUCUUGGAGAGACUGGUGCAGGGAUCAUCGAUGUGGCCAAGGAGGCGAGGAAGCGAUUCCUUGGACCCUUGCAUCCUUCCUUUAACCUGGUGAAGAUCAUGCGUCAGAUGUUACUGCGCACCCUGCCAGCUGAUUCUCACCAUGUGGCCAACGGACGGCUAGGAAUCUCUCUGACCCGAGUGACCGAUGGAGAAAAUGUCCUGGUGUCGCACUUCAACAACAAGGAGGAGGUGGUGCAGGCAGUUGUCUGCAGUGCUUUCAUCCCUGUGUAUUCUGGCCUUAUUCCUCCCACACUGCAAGGAGUGCGAUAUGUAGACGGAGGAAUCUCAGACAACCUGCCUCAGUAUGAACUGAAAAAUACCAUCACCGUGUCUCCGUUCUCCGGAGAGAGCGACAUCUGCCCCCGAGACACUUCCACCAACAUACACGAGCUGAGAUUUACCAACACAAGCAUCCAGUUCACUCUCACAAACCUCUACAGAGUCUCCAGGGCCCUCUUCCCUCCAGACCCAAUGGUUAUGAAGGCCAUGUGUAAGCAGGGAUAUAAAGAUGGUAUGCACUUUUUAAAGAGGAAUGGAUUGCUUAAUUUCAACGGGCCUCACAGAGACAGACCCCUGCUGGCUAAUGCUGAAGCAAAUGAGGAUUAUAAUGCUGAUAAGGAAGAAAAUAAAAGUGACCAAGAGGAGGAAAAGCCUGAUGUGGAACAGGGAGCAGUGGCGGUUUAUUGCAGUACCUCAGAAGAGGAGCAGUUCAUCCAACACCUUCCACCCACCCUGCACAAAGCUCUCAUCGAGGCCUGCAUGGAGAGGAGGAGCCUGAAGCAGUCGCUAAGCAACCUGCUUCCUGUCAGGAUGGCCUCCGCCAUGAUGCUGCCCUACACACUGCCUCUGGAGUCUGCCAUGUCCAUGACUCUCAGACUUCUGGAGUGGCUGCCAGAUAUACAAGAUGAUGUGGGAUGGAUGCAAGAGCAGAUAAUGAAAAUCCUACAGCAUGUUCUUGGCCAGGCCUCUAAAAGCAUUACCGAGCAUGUUUCUACCAGGUUAUCCUGGCAGAUGGAGCUCCACCACUACCAGUCCCUCCCGUCCCAGUUCAGCUCCACCAGCCUGUUCCCCAGCUGGGUGAAUGGGAGCAGUUCUUCAGUCCUGGAUGUGUUCAUGCGUCUCAACCAGUACAAGAACCAGCUGCUGUCUGGAGUGCUGUGUAUCAACAUGGACCUGCAAGGCUCCUUCAAAGCUGGAGCAGAAGAUCAGAGUCCUCCCCCCACCCUCUCCGCUGAAGGCCUCACAAUGGACAGAUGUUGCCUUGAAAUUCUUCCUGCUGCUGACUCUGAAGAAACCAUCAGCAGCUCCUAAGAUCUUCUGAAAGCUUUCCGCUGCAGCACUGAGCUUUAAACUGACUUAUUCCAGAUCAAGAAACAUUUCAAAAUGAUCUGAACCCAACUUCAGAUAUUCUAUCAGAAAGAAAUGUGUGAACCCAAUCAGCCACUUUGUAUAGUGGUUGGACAUUUUAAUCAUUUACCAAAUGUACACACAAUGUGUAUUAAAUAUAUUUGUUUAAUUAUACAUGACAAUUAAAUAAGUCUUUAACUACAAUGAAAUCAAGCAAACCCAUAGACAGUGUGUCUGUAACUCAAUGUGCUCAAACAUGAACAGACUAAGAUUACAGGGCACUACAAACAAAAAUGCACACUUUAAGUAGCAUUGUUAAAAUAAGCGAGUGUUUAUUUGUUUGUGGAAUGUAGUCAGACCAACAGCGUUCCUCCCAUAGAUGUAAAACAACUGUUUUCUAUCUAUGGUUCCUCAUGCAUCUGCAUCAGCUCUGAAACACUACUGCCCAACAGUGGAAGCACCAGUCUGUUGUUGCAAGUUCCACUUAGUGAUGCUUUAGUGUCAAUGCAGUGUUGUUUUUACUUUUGUUCUUUAAACUUAUUUAUAAAAGACUGCUCUGCUCUGUUUUUACCAAUCAUAGAAGUGUGUUUCAUUAUCUUUUUACUUAGAUGUGAGUAAAAACUAUUUAAUUUUAAAUCUAUAUUGUAUUGACUUUUGGCUUAAGAAUCACAUUCUUAUUUGCAUUCAAAUGCAAACAAUUACAUAUUUAUUAUAUUUUCAUAAUCAAAUAAUCAGUUUAAUCUGAAUUGCACUUUCCGUGUUAAUUAGGUAAGCUACCUGUUGAAUACUUGAUUCUUGUUUGUGUACUAUAAGAAAUAACUGACUGUUGUGCCUUAUGCAUUGAAAUAAUUGCCAAGUAAAUGUACCAUAUUGCCUAAAUGUUGGAGGGAAUAAUAUUUAUGUGAUCAUUAAAUACAAUUGAUUUAUUUAACAUU